AUGUUUCGCGUAGCCGCUCCUACUGGAGCUAAGCUUCGUAUUGAGAACCUUCAUUAUGAUAUUACAGAAAGUGAUCUUGAGGAUCUAUUCACUCGAAUUGGUCCGAUCAGCAACCUGUCUCUCGUCUAUGACCGAGCAGGACGCUCUGAGGGCGUGGCUUUUGUUACCUAUGAACGUCCCAGCGAUGCGAGAACGGCCAUAAGCGAGUUUGACGGCGCGAAUGCUAAAGGACAACCUAUUCGUGUGACUCUUGUUUCCACGGGUGGUGGACGACGAGACCGGAAUCCCUUUGACAACGUUGAGAGACCUAAGGGUAGCUUGUUUGACCGUGUAGAGCGCCCACGCGAUCGUGACUCUCGCAGUCUUAGUCCCGGAAGUGGACAUGAAAGUGCUGACGAUGGUGCACGCCGCCGUCGUGGACGCCGGGGAGGUGGUGGACGCUACCGACGUAGCGAUGUCUCCAAGCCAGCUCCGGAACAUAUAGAUCGGUAUGUUCCUGGACAGCGAUCGCCGGCACGUCGUCCCGCCAACGGACGACGCCAGGGACAAGGCGAGAGCCGUCGCGCUCCUGCUGCUCGACCCAAGAAGACACAGGAAGAGCUGGACCAAGAGAUGGACGAUUACUGGGGCACUGCAAACACUGGUGCUGACAAGGAGACCGUUCCGGUUGAGCCGCAGCAAGUUGCACCUGCGACUGCUGCUGCUACUGCUGGCGACGACGAUGUUGACAUGAUUGAGUAA